ACAUUCCGGCGACACUCAAGCAAGCGGCAUUUACGAACGUACCGUGGCCGACAUUGUGGUUUAUUUUCACCAGAAAUGCUCAAAAAGAAGUCCACUGGCGGCGAAAAGAAAAGAAAACAUCCGCCGUUCGAGGAGCGGCGUCGAAGCAGUAAGCGUAGAAGCGCGGAAAGCAACGUAGUGGACGAGUUCGCCGACCCGGAGCUGGACAGGGUCGGCAGUGACAUCGAAGAAGGUGGGCUCGAUCUCGGGGUACCGUUCAAGCCCAUCAGCGCCUACGUAGGCGACAAGAAGGGGAUGCUGGAACAGUGCUUCGGCGUGCUGGGCGAGAAGAAACUACGCAGGAUGCUGCCCGAGCAAUUCAAGGAUUGUAAUUUAGAGGAGGUCCGAAAAGUGUGCUGGGAGCAACUGGAGCCGAUCUCUGAGAGAAACAUCAUGCAGAUCCUGGCUGGGGAAGAAGUGACCAAAGAAGACGACGGUAGCCAAAACGCACAACAACAGGCCCAGAAAAAACAGAAAGACUGCAUUGUGGACUCAACAGCGUGUGUCAAAGAACCGGAAAAAACUGACAACCCCCAGCAAGGGGGCGUCUUAAGCGAGGACAGCGACGUUCUCAGCCUCAACGCCGGCGACAGCGACAUCGACGCCCUAAAAGAGGAGCCGCCCGUCAAAACGGCGGACAGCGGCGAAGGCCCGAAGCCCGCCGAAGCCAAGAAGGACAUCCAAAACGACAUCGACCGAAGCGUCAGCGAGAUUUUGGCGCUGACGGAAGAGGACGCCGCCGCCGCCGUCGCCGUCCAGCAACGGGCCGCCGCCGCGUGUCCGCCAUCCCUUCAGCAGCUGGAGCUCCUGGAGCUCGAGAUGAGGGCCCGCGCCAUCAAGGCCCUCAUGAAGGCCAGUCACGGAAAAGUGCCUUAGAGACGAGGUCAAAUGUGCUUACUGUCAUUUUAUGUUGCCUUGUAAAUAAAUAAAUGCCACUCUCAAAUCAAAGCCAGUGUGGAGUGUCAUUUUCUCCAUGAGCACUAGAUGGCAGUGUUACUCCGCAAUCCCUACACUGCUGUCAUGGCAGAGUUU